CCAGAGCCGAAUUUCCCAACGUGAAAUUCCCUCCAAUCUUAACCACCAACAUUCCGUGACUCUGAUAGGUGUAACAUGUCCACAAUCUGUAAUAACGCAAUACCGCCAUUUCACAUUCAUUCUGAAACCGGAAUCUGUGAAGAAGCUAGCUAUUCCUAUUUCAUUCUAAUUCCGAAUUAUCAACACUCAUGUCCAGGUUAAAGAUCUGGGAGAAUGGAUCUGGAAGAUAUGAGCGUGCAGAUGGUGGCCGCGGACACAGCAGCUGAGGUCGCAGCAGACGUUGCUGCGGCCGACCCUACGAACAGAAAUCCUAAGAAGUCGAGUCAGACCUGCAUUCCGUGCAGAGUACGCAAAGUCCGCUGUGAUGGUCGUCGCGACGUUUGCCAGAAUUGCGAGCGAUUAGGAUUCACGUGCUCAUUUCAAGACGCCGCCUCUCCCAGCCAGGAUUCCGAGGGUUUGACAAAUUUCACCCUUCCGCGAAGACGUGUUAGACUAGCUUGUGCCAAUUGCCAUUCCAGGAAAGCUAGAUGUAGUGGUGAAACCCCGAAAUGCGCAAGAUGUCAAGCUCAAGGCAUCGAGUGCGUCUACAAACCGACGAAGCGAUCUGGAGGCGUCGGCGGCGUCUCCCAGCAAUCUCAUCAGGGCGCUACUGAUUCCGAGCUUGAGUCUGUCUCGUCCGAACCGCCGGAGAAAAGAGUAAUGAUGAGUAAGGAUAAUCAGGGUUCUCACCAUGGUCCGCAAGGGCCCGAUAGGAAUAGCUUCGAACCAAAUGGGGCCUCGACACGUAUAGCAUCCAGCAACGAACCGUUUGUUUUCCCGGAUGAAGGUAUCAUACAGCGGACGUUUAGUAAUUUCUUUCGUCAAAUUCACCACGUUCCUAUCUUUUCGUUCCUUCAUCGUGCUUCGCUCAUGCAACGCUAUCAUGCUGGCAUGAUGGAUAAAGCUUUGCUUCUUGCUUUGGUGGGCAUCACUUCACUUAUCAUAAACCUGGGCCCUGGUACUCGAGAGUAUGGGGCUAGAUGUAUCGACGAAUGUCAGAAGAUGGUGCUUGAGGAUCUCGAGAACCCGUCGACUAUUAAGAUACAGGCCCUCGUCCUCAUUAUGAAGCACCGUAUGAUGUCGCGCAAAUUUACUACUGCCUUCAUGUUGGCGGCAACGGCUACUCGUUUUGCCUAUGCUCUCCGCCUAAAUUAUGAGAAUCCAAAUCUAUGCUUCCUAGCACGAGAAUCACGGAGGAGACUAAUGUGGGCGCUUAUGACUAUCGACUCCGGUAUCAACGGCGGCUGCUCAGAUUUUACAUUGAUGCCGUCCGAAUCUAUGCACAUUCAACUUCCUUGCACCGAGCGCAACUUCGAAUUUGAUCUACCACAAGUAACUGAAUACCUCCGCCCCGUCCCCACGCGGCCUUUUCCGGAUGACGUUGGUUCGCUCGCGCUCCACGUGCGACUCCUAUGGAUGAGAAGCAGAGUCCUAUACUGCACCAAGAAUGUGCUAGGUAUGCCCGAGUCUGAACUGGCGCAACUGCCAGAGUUGGUCAAGGUAUUAUCAGAAGAGCUAGCUGGCUUCAACGAUCAUUUACCGGCGUCUUUCAAGUUCUCAGAAAGCAACCUUCAAUUACGAGCUUACUCGCCACGAUUAUGUGUUUAUAUUAUGAUACAUGUCUGGUGGCGACAGUGCUACUGUGAUCUCUACCGAAUGUUCCUUGUAGGACUUAAAGAGGCAUUGCCACAGUCAGGUUUAAAUCAAUUAGACCCCCAAUUCGUGUCAUAUUGCAUGCGUCAAUGUUAUGAGCACGCUUUGGCUAUGUCGGAUAUUUUUAAACUUAUCAUGUCCCUUGACGGAGGCCUUCCGGUUACCGAUGUUGAUCUACCCGGUUGCGCUUAUCAGUGUGCUCGGAUUAUAUACUUUGCUCACCAAACGAAUCAGGGAGAGAUCAGUUUAACAUCAAACCAAGUUCACGAGCUUGGUACGAGAUGCCUAACGAUUGCGAAAUCGAUGGACCAUGUCCCAGCCGGCGCUGCCAUUGUCGCUGAUCUCGAAAAACUGGUCGCCCGCGGCUUCACUGCAAAUGCGGCUCCGAAUCACCCAGGGAGCCCUAGUGCCAACGGUUCCAAUCUUGUAUCCCAACAUGCCCUGUCACGCCACAACCCUAUUCAACAGAUGCAAGUUGUCGAUGAAAGUGGAUUUACUAACAUCCCUAUUAUGUCUCCUUCAGCUCACAUAACCUCACCGCAAGGCAGUUCAAUGCCGACCCCAAUUCAGCGUUCGACUCCCCGUCCACCACAGGAGCAUACCCGUGGAUCUUCGCUACCAGGAACGCCUAUUGGUGAUUUUAACAUAGCGAAGUCGAAUUUACCGCCUGUGAUGUCACCGGAUGGAAUAGAUAAUAAUAACGCUUUUGAGGGUGCGAUGGAUGGCUUUGACUUCGAUCUCGAGUCAUUCGGAAAUAACGGCCUUGAAUCUGCAUCAUGGCUCUCGAACGACUGGCUUAAUAACGAAUACUCACAAACGACGGUUUGAACUUUAUGAACAAGUUGCUAUAUCUACUGGUUGGUUAACGAGAACUACGUUACCAUCCCUCUAGUUUGGCUUGGCAAUUUAAUGGUUACUACCACCUUGAAUUAGCCAAAGGGGCUAAUACGAGAAGACUGCAUUGCUUCUCCAAGAAACCCGGCAUAGCUGUGCUAGUCUUCCGUGGAGUCGUCAAUCCUAUUCCUAGCAAGAAAGCCUACUUGACUAAUACCACGAGCAAGACAAACCCCCGGCGCCCUGGCAUUAUUCUCUCGAUUAAUAGAACUGCCCCCUAAAGCAGUAGGGUAGACCGGGCAUUUUGGAGGCCACGGUAUCAAUAAGCCCUAUAAUUAGGGAUUACUGACAUUUUGUCGAUACUACAUAUUAGCUAAGCUCUGGGAAAGCGACCAGGAUUCAGAUCAACUGCCUAUCUUGCAGCGUAUCUUGCAAUACCCUACGUUUUUUCGGUCUUAAAGACGGACUUGGCGAGAAUCAUACACGUUCUAGGCUCCUAGUCCUAAUUCCCUGGAAGCCAAGAGUUUACAGUGGCGUAACCGAGGCACGAUUCCUAACAAAUUCAAGCCAUUCAAUGCUUAGUUGCUUGAUUCGACGAUUAGGAUUCCGCACGAAUCUACGAAAAUUAGACGA